AGUUUCACACUUCAUUUGUUUUUGUGUGUUGUGUGUUGCGUUACACACCCCGCGCCAAACGUUCACUCUUUUCUCACUCUUCUCUCACUCUUUCUCUCUGAUUUUUUUUGCAAAACAAGUUUCAUGGACCCUGACGUUGUUGAGAUUCCUCCUCCAAUUCACCAUCACCCUUCCAGAUUCAAAAAACAGAAACAGACCAUUGUGCAUGAUGUGAUUGACAUUGAUGACGACGACGACGUCGUUUCUAAUGAUUUAGUGAUAAUUGCUGAAAAAGUUGGUAAACGUGACAAGGGGAAGACAAUUGAAGCCGUUCAUGAGGGUUAUAGUGAUCAUCGAGCUAUGUCUGGCUUGGAAAAAUUUGGAUCAGCUGGCGGGAUUGAGUCUUCUAAUGGCCACCCUUCAAUAUCACAUAAUUUAAUCAACAUUGAUGGCCCUGGUUCUAAUCUUUCAUUUGAUGACGAUGACUACCUUGAUAUGUUGUCAGAUGAUUAUGCGGAUGUAGACGAUUAUGCUUUAUUACAGGCACAGUUUGAUAAUGUGGAUAUACCUCCCGGAAUCGAAGCACCUUUUACAUGGUUGCCAGAAUAUGACCUAGGUUUGAAGAAGACCGGAAAUAGUACAUGCAAUGCUAAAGAUAACUCUAAAAUCGAAGGAUCUAAAAUGGGUAGUUCUAGUUUGCAAAUCAAAACGGAUAAUGUCGAUCAAUCUUCUGGAACAAACUUGUCUCAACCUGCCCCUAAUAAGAAGAAAUCAGCUGCAUCACAGUGCAGUGGGCAGCGUGACUCAAAUCAUUCAUCAGGGUCAGGGUUGUCUAAGUCUCGGAGGUUUAUGAAAUCAUUCCACAGUAAAAUGAAAUCUGCUUUUUUUGGUUCAAAAAAACACGGUUCGGAUGUCAAUGCAGAUACCAUUAUGGUACAACGUGGCGGUAAGACGCCGUAUUCCCGGAAAUUUGGAAUUGCUAAGAAGGCAACUGGUAGUAGCAGUAGUUCGUUCCAUUCAAAUUUCAUUGGACAGGAUGGAUCAUUGCAUCCUCCGGUAACUAUUAAUAGUUAUAAUACUGCGAUUCCAACUCAUGCUGGGUUGUUGACUAGUCAUCCUAGUAUUAACCCAUUUUCUAUUAAUAAUUAUAACACUGCUAAUCCAACUCAUUAUUUUGAUGCUCCUCCUGAGCACGUCCCUCGGGUUCUCAAAUCCACCAGAGAUGGAGAUGACAGAGCAACUGUGAAUUCCCCAGAUUUGAUCAUCACUGGUGAAACCGUAAAUGAAACUCUGAGAAAAUUUCGAAGUUUUAAGCAUUUUGACACCGUCAUCGACACUUCGGACCAUUUCUUUAUGAAUUAUAAUUCCUCCACGAAGCAGAAUCCAAAGAGUUGGGCUAAGAAAAUCCAAGAAGAGUGGAAGAUUUUGGAGAAGGAUUUGCCAGAUACAAUAUUUGUGAGAGUCUAUGAAUCAAGGAUGGAUCUCUUGAGGGCAGUGAUUAUUGGAGCAGAAGGGACUCCUUAUCACGAUGGUCUUUUCUUUUUCGAUAUCCACUUUCCAAGUGGCUAUCCCAAUGUACCCCCGCUAGUCCACUACCACUCUAGAGGUCUUCGUCUCAAUCCGAAUUUGUAUGCGUGCGGUAAAGUAUGCCUCAGUUUACUUAACACCUGGUCUGGCGGCCCAAAUGAGAAAUGGACUCCUGGUGUUUCGACAAUUCUACAAGUUCUCGUUUCAAUACAAGGUCUAAUCUUGAAUGCAAAGCCUUUCUUCAAUGAACCUGGAUUUGCAAAUAUGAGUGGCUCGGCAAAUGGCGAAAGGAAAGCCCUGCAGUAUAAUGAGGAUACAUUCCUUCUAUCAUUGAACACAAUGAUGUAUACUAUAAGAAAGCCUCGAAAGCAUUUUGAGGACUUAGUUGUGGGGCAUUUCUACAGCAGAGCACAUGAUAUUCUGGUGGCAUGUAAAGCAUACAUGGAAGGUGCUCAAGUUGGUUGUUUGGUGAAAGGGGGAGUUCAAGAUGUUGAUGAGGGUGACAAAAGCUGCUCCAAUAAAUUUAAAUCUGGUUUAGUUGGAUAUGUGAAUCCUCUUGUCAAAGAGUUUGAAAGAAUUGGGGUUAAGGGCUGUGAGAAAUUCAUCUCGCUGCCAGCUACUACUACAUGACAUGAGUGAUCAAGGGACUUUUUUUUAAAAAAAAUCCAAUUUUGAGACUAUGAUACUAAAGGCUUUUUACAUCUAACUUCAUGCAGGUUCUUUUUUUACACUAAUUAUUAAGUAGUUAAAACUUACUAUGGCUGAACAUAAUUGCAUAUAUAGUUUUAUGUAAUUAUUGCUAGGAUUACAUGUCAUCUUUUAUAUACUUUCUUAUCUUUGCUAGGAUUAGAUUGUUAAUUGAACUCUUACAUUCAUCUUUUAAUUGAUCUUCAUUUUAUAGAUGAAGAAAUGCUUAAAAUAUCCAUUUUAAUCUAAA